UACAGACACACUUCACUGAGACCCCAACACUCGUUCACCUGCUGGCUGUUUCUUUUUUAUCUGUGUAUGGCGUAUGGCGAAGAGGAGCAUCCCUACAUCGCCAUGACAGACUGAUGUGACUUAGAGAAUGGCUUUGCUGCCUGGUACUGGAGCUGUUAUCUGUGUCCUACUGACCAUCCAUCUUGGUGAUUAGUGAAGUGGCAAUUGGAGAAGACCAUGUGUCAGUCGGAGGUGCCAGGGGCCAGACUGGGCCUGAAUAGUCCUGACCCGCUGGUGAGAGAGGCUUUUCUGAUGGCCCAUGACUACAUAGACUAUGUAACCACAGGCGGGGCAGAUGGCGCCAUGGGUCCAGCUCCUACAGCCUGCACCACGGCCCUGCGCUACGCCGGAGACGAGCUCCUCACCCGCUUCCCCAUCUUCUUCCGGCGCUGGCCUCGGGUCUUCCAGGACGUGACAGAGAACACGGCCUGCCCCACGCUCAUGAGCAUCCUGGAUGAGCACUUCUUCCCACCAGUCCCUGGGGGGCGGCGCAGGGACCUGGCCUGGAGCGCCGUGCUAUCGGUGUAUGUGCUGGCUGGCCAGAUGGCUCUACAUUGCCAUGAGAGGGGCAUGCCGGGGGUCCUGCCACAGCUGAAGGAGUGUGUGGGGUCCUAUGUGGAGAGGGUCAUCUGCCCUGAGAUACGAGACAAGGGAGGAUGGAGUGGUUUUGUAUCACGCUUUGGAGAGAAGCAGGGCUUGGAGGGCCAGGUGAAGAAAGGGUGCUGUUGGACACUGCUGGCAUUGGCCAUAGGCAUCCUCACCUACUUCUUGUGGAAAAGAAUAGCUUAGCCAACACUGCCACCUAGUGUCCACAACCAAAAAA